AUUAUUUGCAAUAGAAAAUUUAACAAAAGAUGAUGAAUUAGGUAAGACUAUAUUUAUAAUCUAAGCCACCUUAUGAUUAUUUUAUAACCUAGGUUGAAUAAGGAACAAAAAUAAAAUUAGUUGCUUAAUAAAUCGAAAACGAUAUGGUAAUUUAUAAGGUACCUAAAUUUCCUGAAAAGAAUAAAAAUCAUUAUAACGAAAGAUCAAAUGGAACUUCAACUCCGAUUACUUUUCUUAUACUUCACUACACAGUCAUAAAUUUUUUCAAGACUUUGGAAGUGUUUACUAGAGAUACAGAUAUUGAUGCGGUAAGUUCAACAUAUGUAAUAACUUAAUACGAAUCUAAAUUUUAAAUACCUAGUGGGAAAAUAAUUCAAGUGGCACCUGAAGAAAAAAGAGCCUGGCAUGCUGGUUUAAGUAAAUGGCAUAAUUUUAUUAAUUUAAAUGAAAAUUCAAUAGGGAUAGAGCUUGUGAAUGAUGGAGUUGAUAAGUAAAAUUAAUUCGUUCCUUUUGAUGAUGAUUAAAUUAAGGCAUUAGCAUAGUUAAGCAAAAUUAUUAUUUAAAAACACAAUAUAUCUCCAGUUUGUAUUCUUGGGCAUUCAGAUAUAGCGCCCAAUAGAAAAAUUGAUCCUGGUAUUCUAUUUCCAUGGGGAAGACUUUAUACUAAUUAUGGUAUUGGAGCUUGGAUGACCAAAGAAGAAUUGACUAUUGAAGCUAUCAAAAAUUACAAUCCUGAAGAAUUAUUACCAGAUAAAGUAAACAUAUCAUUUCUUUCUCGACAUCUUAAGAAGUAUGGUUAUGACAUUUAAGAAACAAAUGUUGUCAAUAAACAAUUUUCUUCUGUUUUAAAAGCAUUUAAGGCUCAUUUUUCAUGUAAUCAGAUUCCUUAAAAAUAUAAUGAUGAACCAGAUAUGAUGGAUAUGAUAUGGAUUUGGGGAUUAACAGCCAAGUAUAAAAAAUACUUAAAUAAAUUAUGAAAUCUUAAAAUAGAG